AUGCGGUUCAAGCCCCCUGACGGUUUCAGCUCUGCCGAGGAGGAGACCUGGGGCUCGGAGGGGGAGAUCGAAGAAACCACCGUCGCGGGACGGCGACGCGCCUUGGUUACCGGCGGCCCCAGCAGACACCACCACAGCGCCAACAACAAGGCCAUCAUGGCCAAUGGCGAGGAAGAGGAGGACGGGGAGUCCAGGGGUCUUCUUGUCGGCGGAGGCGUUUCUAGAACGGCAUCGGCGGCGGCGCCCGUCGGCGGCGGCAUUGGAGGCAGGAGGAGAAAGGCAGCGGUGGGCGCGGGCAGGGCCAAACGGCGACCAUCUCUCGGAGCCGGCGGAGGCUGCUGCGAAGCGUCAGGCCGCGGUGGUGGCGGUGGCAGAAGCACCGCUCACUGCCGACAGCAGGGUGCAGGGGGAGCGACAGCAGGGCGGGAAAGCGGCAAGGAGGAGGAGGGGCUUGUUGGUUCGCCCGGGGGUGGUAGUGGUGGUAGUCGUCGCCCUGUCAAGGUGUCGAGGUCUCUUUUCAUUGAGAUCGAGAACAAGGCCUCCGAGCCGCCGCGAAGACCCGCCGCGGGCAGCAGGCGGCGACGCCACCGAGCUUCCUUGCUGGGAAACUUGCCGCGCGCGCGGUUUCUGGGGAGGGUUGAUGCGGCGGGCGAGGACGCUGACGACGAGGGGGAGCGCUCGGAUGACGAAGCCAUGUGCGGAUGCGCCGAGAGGUGUCUCCGGGUGGUGGACUCUUGGUACCACAAGCUUACGGGGACCACGGCAAAGGUGAAGUUCUCCGAGCUCGACCAGCUUGAUCAGGCGGAGUCUGGCAGGAUGCCGUAGAUUCCGACAAUCUCCGGUAGGUCACCGGCCACGUGUAUAACCAGCAUUCUGUUUCAGGGAAGGGAGGGUGGUGUGGUUUUCCUCAAGUCAGGCGGAUCAAUCGGCAGAUGCGCGGGUUUGCUGCUUGGAGCAUCUUAGACGGCACAAGGUGUUCGUGCAGAGAUGAGCUGACACGGGCUCUCGUGGAGUAGUUGGGGUUGUAAAGAUCGGCAAGGGAGAAGAACAGUGUUUCGUCUUUUUGGAACGACGGAGUUUUAUGUACGGUGGCCGUUUUCUGGUCGUUCUUGCUUCUGAUGAUUGUAACAUAAAAGAGGUUUGCUCGGGGUCCACGGCCGUUGGGGAGCCAUUUGGAGAGAACUGCAGUAGUGUUGUAUGCAUAGCUGCGGCGUGUUGUCUUGUUGGAGCCAAUUUGAGGGAAGGGUACUGUAGCUGUAGCUUUCUGGAUGCUCGCUUGUUGUUUUGUUACUUUUCAGUUAGGUCCUGCGGCUACACACGAAAGUGCACUCCCACAAUUCCGUGAGAACGGGAGUAAAUGUUAUUUGGUGAUGGAUGUCAGGGGUGUUGAAUGUUUCAUCGUGCCUUACGGAUUUCGAUUGGUGUUGCCUAUAAUAGCCUUGGCGAAGAGAGUGCGUUUUUCUCUGUUGUUGUGCUCAUGUCUUGUUGUCCUUUCCUCCCCUCUUCCUCGCUGAAACCGCCAAGACCAAUUCUCGUCGAGAAUCUCUCUUUGUUCGCUGGUUUGCUUGUACAUAUCGCCGAUGUUGAUGCAUGCCCAAAAAUCGCUCGCUCUUGCCCUGGGUCUGGUGAGAAAAGGAGGGAAGGAAACUACCGCUUUUUUUGUUGGCUGCGUCGACGAGGUGUGAGUCUUGAUAAUCGUGGCCUGUAGAAUGGGGGUGCAAGGGGGGGGGGGGAGGAGGGGGCGGUUAGCCCGGAAGCGUUGAGCAUAGUUGGAAAGUAUAGUAUGGUUUUACCCGAGCGUGGUUGGAAGCAGCAUGCGCUCGCUCGGACGUUUUUUCUCUGUAAUUUCGUGAGGAGUUUGCGAGCCUCCUCUUUUGCUCAUUGGCUAUGCGAGAGCUUGUGUUGUGUCUGUUGUUGUUGCCGUAGAUGUUUGUUUUGGCGUGUGUAGUAAGAUAUGUCCGUUAAAGCCAGUGGGUGUUGAUCGAGCGGUGGGGUCUCCGCAUAUAAAAUAGGAAGUAGUCAGUCCCCACCCCGGUCUUUUUGCCGUGUGUA